CAGGGGCGCUGCUGCUUUAAACCCCUGGCUUGGGGGGGGGGGGGGCACCCUGCUCCCAGGUGCCGCCUGCCUCCCGGCUCAGCAGAGCCGGGGGAACCACCCCUGCUGGGGGGAGGGGCUCUGCGGGUACCGGGCGUCCCCAGGCCUGAAGGCAGCCUGCCCGGGUCCCCACCCCUGGCCCCCCCGGCUCUGGAGCGGGGGCUGGACGGGAGGGAAGCGGAGCGGCGCCGAGCCCCCCCCCAGGGUGAGCGCGCGCCCGGGCCCAGGCCAGUGUGGCCGCCGCAACGAAGGGGCGGGGCCCGCCGGCAGCUCCUCCCCCGCCGGCCAGGGUCAGGCCGCGGCGGCUACGGCAGCGAAGUUCUUCCCCCGCGGCCCGGCCAGCAGCCACCGUGCGGCGGGCUCCCGGCGGAAGAUGGCGAGGCGGCGCUGCCCCCCGUCCGCGCUGCUGCUGCCGCCGCUGCUGCUGCUGGCGGCCGCCCUGGCCGGGGCGCAGCCCGGCGGCCUCUACUCGCCCGGCGACGCGCUGGUGCUGCUGCGGCGGGACACGCUGGAGCGCAGCGUCCUCGACUCCCGCAGCGCCUGGCUGGUGGAGUUCUACGCCUCCUGGUGCGGCCACUGCGUCCACUUCGCCCCCACCUGGCGGGCGCUGGCCGCCGACAUCCAGGAAUGGAGCCCUGCGGUGAACCUCGGUGUCCUCGACUGUGCUGACAUAGCCAAUCAGAAAGCAUGCAAGAAGUUUGGGAUAACUGGGUUCCCGACAUUGAAGUUUUUCAAGGCCUUCUCCAAGAGCCCUGAGGACGGGACGAAGAUAUUCUAUCCUGGGGACAGCAUUCAGAACCUGAGGCAGAGCAUAAUCACCAACCUGGAGAUGCACAAGGAGACAUGGCCACCUGCCUGUCCACCACUAGAACCAGCCAGCAUGGAGGAGAUCCAUGGGUUCUUUCAAACAAACAAUGUCAUGUACCUGGCGCUGAUCUUCGAGGCGAACAACUCCUUUGUGGGCAGAGAGGUGACGCUGGACAUGCUGCAGUAUGAGAACGUCGCUGUCCGGAGAGUGCUGAGCAGUGAGGAGGAGCUAGUGAAGAAGUAUGGUGUGACUGCCUUCCCUUCCGGCUUCCUGCUCAUCAACAAUGGGACCUUCAGCCGCAUCCCUGUGCAAAUAGAGGCGCGAUCCUUCUACACCUACUUCCUGCGGAGGCUGCCUGGGGUCACGCGUGGCCCCUAUGCGCCGACCAGCACACCAGACAUGCCGAUCAAGACAACCCCCACCCCGCGGAGGCCUGCGGACCGCUCGAAGGUGUACAUGGCUGACCUGGAGUCUGCGCUGCACUAUGCCCUGCGGGUAGAGGUGGGCCGGUUCUCUGUCCUAACCGGAGAGCGCAUGAGGGCCCUGAAAGACUUUGUGGCAGUGCUGGCCAAGUAUUUUCCUGGCCGCCCAUUUGUCCAGAACUUCCUGCGCUCUGUGGACAGGUGGCUGAGGAGCAUGAGAGAAUCAAGGAUUCCCUACAGUGCCUUGGAGCAGGUCUUGACCAACAGAGAAGAGGGUCAAGCCCCAGAAGUGCUGUCAAACAACGUGACGUGGGUGGGUUGCCAGGGAAGCAAACCUAAUUUCCGAGGCUAUCCCUGCUCCCUCUGGACCCUCUUCCACCUCCUGACAGUGCAGGCGACUAGGUACCGCAGGCUGGGCACAGGCCCGCUCGAGGUCCUUGGCGCUAUGCGCGGCUACAUCCGAUCCUUCUUUGGCUGCCGGGAGUGCGCUCGGCACUUUGAGGGCAUGGCAGCGGAGUCCAUGGACAAAGUGAGAAGCGUGGACAAGGCAGCCCUCUGGCUUUGGUCAAGACACAACAGGGUCAACGCUCGACUGGCAGGUACUGAGACGGAGGACCCUGAAUUCCCCAAGCUGCAGUGGCCUCCCCCGGACCUGUGCCCUCUGUGUCACGGCGUGGUCAACAGGCACCACGUGUGGGACGAGGCAGCCGUGCUGCGCUUCCUCAAGGCCCACUUCUCCCCGGCCAACAUCAUCUUGGACUACAUGGAGCCUGAGAUGGCGCUGGUGGUCAGGCGCAGCCGGGAGGCAAAGGAGGGAGCUGGAGAGAGGGCCAUGGGUGAGGGGGAAGAGCGAGGGGAGGGAGGGAAUGGGGACGAGGGGGAAGAGGGGGAAGAAAGGAGACCAGGGGAACCAGAGGCCGCAGGGGUGGGAAUGGAGGUGGGUGGCUCGGAGAGACGAGGCUCCUCGGGGCCACGGAAACCAAGCAUCGUCCGGAUGAACCCCAAGACGCAGGAGCUGGAGGAGGACAUUGUGGACCUGGACUCCUUCAGUGAGCUGCACUACAAGAGCAAAGCCCUGAAGGCUGCGGCUGUGGCGGCCAACAAGCGGUGGCGGCUGAGCAAGAGGGACACCAUCCCACUGCUGCUGGCAGGCAACAGCCACCAGGACUUGGACUACACCGCGACCUGGGAGCGCUUGAGCCGGCGGGGGCUGGGCUCCAAGCGGCUCAUCGGGGCCCUGGAGGAGGAUGAAGGGGACGCCCUGAGGAGGAACCAUUGGUUCCGCAUGCUGGGAGUGGGCUUCUCCCGCCUGGACGUCAGCCUGUGCAUCGUCCUAUACUUCCUCUCCUCCAUGUGCCUGCUGGGCAUGUACGCCUUCUUCCGCAUGCGCACGAGGCACCGCAAGGGCCGCCCCGGCUUCCCCACAGCUUGAGGCUGGCGGGGGCGCCGGCAGGGUGAGGGGUGAUGGUACAGGUCAAGUGUGAACAAUUCCUUCCGGGGCUCUGUGGCUGGAGAAGCGUCUGAUUUUCUCCACCAGGGUUGCUAGGGCAGUGGGUGCAGCUGGACGGCUUCUGGAUCUCGCCACUGCUGGCUGCACGGACAUGAGGCUGCCCAUCAGAUAGAUGUGGCAGGGUGUUCUUCAGGGGGAUCCAAGAGCCUUUCCAAGCCACCUGAGCUCCUCCGAGACCUCGGGCGCAGCCGCUCUUGGGUUGGGGUGGAGGCUGGAGGACGGAGCGAACUGGGAGAGGUAGGGGGAAUUCUAGCUGCCUCCCUGUUUACAGUAGCUCAGCCAUUAAUAAGGACUGGGGGGCCUCCUUUCUGGUCUGGGGCUGUGAGCAGUUUGCCUUUGAUCAGUCAUGUCUCUCUCUGCUGAUUUAUCUGCCCUGGGCGGAACUUACCACCCCUCUGAAAGCGAGCUAGAGCUGCAGCUUAGAAGAUGGCCAGACCUGUUCUUGCUGAACUGGUUUCAAAACCUCUUCAGCGCACACCAGGCCUGCACUACAGCUCCAGCUGCGCUCUCAGUUUUCCCCAUGUAGAUCUAGCCCUUUAGGGUUAAACCACUAGAGCUGGGGCGGGGGAGGAGGGGGAAUUGGGACAGCCAGGCUUAGUUAAUAUAGGCGUUGGGCAGUGGAAGGAUCAGAUCGCUGUGGGGUCACUAAUGCUUUUGUGUUUUGCAAUCGGUUGAGCCAAGAGUUAGAUCAGACUCCUUUUCAAAUUCCCACCGGUCAGACAGACUAACUGGUACCACUGAGUAGGGGGACAGGAUGGCGUAGGGGUACUGCACAGCCUCUGCCCCCAUCUCUAGUCCAUCUCGGCUCAGUGGCGAUUGCCGUCUGGCAGCUGUUCCAUGGGAGGGGUUGAGUGCAGCUCCUAGCGCAGCGGGAUCCCCGCCACAGAAAGCCCCCAGCAGUAACUGCACCUUUAGUGCUCUCAGCAGAGAAGGAAAGGGUUGAAUGGGCUCAGAUGCGAUGCUCAUCACUUGCCUCUAGAUGUGGUCAGGGUUAGGGGAUGCUGUGAGAGCUUGCACACCCAUCGCCACUGCAGUAGGUGGGCUUUCCCACCUGUGUGUCAGUCCUGCUCUGCAAGUUCUCAUCCUGAGUUGUAGCGGGAGGGCAGAGAAAGAGUGAAAACCUGAUCUGUCAGAGGUUGCCCCUUAAGUUCCAGGAGCAGUGAGGGCCCAGGGGUGCAAGACUAGCAGAGGGAGUAGCACAGCUGCAUGCCCUGGUACUGUUUCCUGCUGCACCGUGGUGAAGGGGAAUCCAGCCCCAAGUGCCUAUGCUCGGUGUAGGUGACACUCCCCACAAAUAAGGGACUGCGGUGCCACUGGCUGGAGAUAUGCAUAACACAGACAGGUGCUGAGGAAGCUGUGUAGCCAGAGUUAAGCCAGUUCACCUUAAUCCUGACCUGUAACACUCCCCCCCGCCCCAAGUACUAUUUGUGUCACGAGCCACUGCGCUUCUUAGCCUAAUGCAUCUCAAUCCUGUCUUGAAAUACCACCUGCUCCACACUCUUGGGUUCCUCCUAUGCUGGCUCUGCAUUCGUGAGAGAGACAGAGAGAAAUGGCCACAGGGCUCAGGCUCACCAACUGGCCUCUGGCUUCUGAAGUUCAGGGCUCGCAGGGGAGGAGUUGCUGAGUUAACUGAGAACAGCUGUUACAUCCAGCCUCCCUGCAGCCCAGAGCACGCAUGGGCACAGAGGUGGGUGGGAAAGGACAUGGACCCUUGGUCUGACCACAGACCGUUCUGCUGGAGCAUCUAAUUCUGUGCCACCUUGGCCUGUCAUGUGGUUGAGGCUGUCCCCAGCCUUCUCCUGAGUAUGGGUGUGGGAGAGGAGGGUAUUAGUGCUGGCAGGGUGCUGUGUCAGCCUGCGCUGUGUUUCACCUGCUGGGGACGUGCUCGGGCCAACGGGUCAUCUCUCUGAAAGUCUGGCAGGCAGAUUUGCUGCCAUCCUCAUGCUUUAACAUUAGAAGUGGGAGGAGGUGGGGAGCUUUGCCAGUCCCCUCCCUCCACCCAUAUUAUAGUGUUUAUGAAACUGGAACUCUUCCUUUUGGCACCCUGGGUGGGGCCAGCCUUAGAGCCAAAUGACCCUUGUACAAUAAAAAGCCAUAGUCCUGUGCUGCUCCAUUACCCCACUCUGUUUAUUAGGGUUCCCGGCUCCACAUUUGGGUGCUGUGUUUCGGUCUCGCAAUCCCAGCACCCAGAAUUGGACACAAGUUUCCCAGAUGCACCUGGGUGCUUGUUCAGUACUGGGAAUAUCCCCGCCCAUGUCCUUGUAUAGUGAGCACCAUCAGCCCGGAGCAUCUGAUCUCUGAUCCUUGGUGUUGGCGCACCUCACCGGCCUGCAAAUGCUUGUCACUUUGUUCAACCUUUCUAUGAAACCCAUUGUACUGGAGUCACCAUUGAACUGAGGAAAGGGAAUCCUAAUACAAAUCAAGAGUCGCUUAACUUAUCCCCAGUCAUUUGCCAGCUCUUUGUGGCUUCCCAUCCCCUGUCCUUUGGUUUGUGCAUUGUUUUGAGUGAGGUCUUCAGGGCAGGGACUGUCUAGCACUGUGCAAAUGACCUUUGGGCUGGUGGGAUCCAGAAGCUGGCUGCACAGUGGGUGAAGGAGCAUUUCUUUUUGAUUGUUCUGAACAUAGCUCCUGGUACCAUCCAAGUAACCCCAGGUACCCGUAGGCUUUCUGCAAAGGGUGCAUCCAACUAGUUACAAGUUAGGACCAAGCUUUUCAAAAGUGACCAGGGAUUUUGUUCAGCCUGCUUGAGAGGCCUCGAAAGGGCCUGACUAUCACAGGCUGAAAAUCCAGCCCCUUUCAAGGCAUGUCCAGUUUAGCAUCUGAAAUCACUGGUCACCUUUGCAGACCUGGGUUUGCUCUAAGGCCUUAUCUGUGCUGUGGUUUUGUGCUCCAUCGCCAGCCGGAAAGCCAGUGUAGAUUGGCUGCCUGUGCUUCUGCCACUGUGGCAUCUAGCCCAGGUCAGAUAGCUGUAAAAAUGCUAGCGGCCAAUCUGUACUCACACCGCCACUGGUGGGGCUCCUACAGCAGCGAUGGCUGACAGCCAGCCUGCCCUCCUGUGGACAAGAGCUAGGUUUUUAUCAUUCCCACCCCCCCCCCCUUUUUUUUUGUUUGUUUCUUUUUGCAUCCCAAAACUGGGGAGGAGCAGGGGAGGGACUGGUGCCUGGAAAUGGGGACUGCACUGGAAUUUGAGGGGGGGAGCAACCUAUGAUCACUCUCCCCAUCCCCCACUUGGUGCUUGAGAACAUCUCCUGCCCUGAUCCUCUGCUUCUUCCAGUGUAGCCUGGACUUGCUUCUGGAAGUGGUGAGGCUCCUGUGUCUCUCUCUUCCCUGGGCUUGUGCUGUCCUGAUGGAUCUGACCUAAGCCUGCCAGGAUGUUUCUAAAGCCCAGAGUGGGAUAGAUAAGUUCUUUGCUCCUUUCUGAAAUGUGCCUUUUAAAAAAAUCUGGACUCCUGAGCUACAAAACAUUGGCUCUGAGAUCACCUGUGGAUUCCUCCCUGAUUUUCACUGUUACCUUCCUUUUGCCAUCUACAGGAUGGAGCUGGGGGACCGGCUUGCUGGGCUGCUGGAUUUUGGAGGGGUUUGGAAUGUAUCUGAGCCUCCCAGGACUGUGCCCAUGAGGAGCUAUGCUAGCCCACUCAGAGCUACUAAUGGGCAUCCCUCAACCAUCUGAACCGGCCUGGCACCUGGAGUGGCUUGCUGCAUGCCUGGUCCUUGAUGAGCUGGUGUCUGUGGAUGGAAAAUAGCCAUUCAAAGGAAUUCUGACAUCACAUGAUGGGGUCACGCAUGCCCUUCCAUGUUGCCUGGCAUUAUAGGUCUGUGUGUGUCACUGGAGAGAACAGAUUCUUUUGGGAAGGGAGGGGGUGCUGCAUCAUUAUCUAUCUCAGCCAGUCUGCUGUAAGGGGCAGAGCGGCUUGCCCCAACCCAGACCUUUAGCUCAGUGUGUUGAUCCCAGGCUGAGGUCUGUGGAACACUCUGCUCCAGGAUGGGAGGAGGAGAAACAUUUCUCUUUAGUUGUCACAAGAGGUUGGUUUGGUUUCAUUUUCUUUACUUUCAAAGUGGUGGUUAGUUUGUGCUCUGUUCCCGGUGCCAGGCUGCUGCGGCAGAAGGAGCUGGGGUCUCUGCACGUGGUGGCUGCUUGUGUUAAUGGAAUAAAUUAUUUUUGCUAAUAAAUGUUCUGCUGUGUUGGA